AGGCUGAGGAGGAAAUACGCGCCGGAGGGGAAUCGAACGAUGGAUUACGUAUUGGAGCAUUCGUCAAGUGCGCAUUUCUCUGGUUUGCGCCUCGAUGGUCUUCUAGGAGCAUCAGCAUCUGCUUCAUCGUCUCCUCGUUCUGCUUCUUCGGCUGCUACACCUACUGCAGAUAAUGCUCCCAAACAGCCUUUCGUCAUCGGAGUUUCUGGGGGAACUGCGUCUGGUAAAACAACAGUGUGCGACAUGAUCAUUCAACAGCUUCAUGAUCAUAGAGUUGUCCUUGUCAAUCAGGAUUCGUUCUACCGUGGUUUGACACCUGAAGAAUCAGAACGUGUGCAUGAAUACAAUUUUGAUCAUCCUGAUGCUUUCGACACUGAACAACUUUUAGAGUCCGUUGGCCAGCUAAAAAGUGGGCACUCCGUCCAGGUUCCAAUUUAUGAUUUUAAGAACCAUCGUCGGUGCUCUGACAGUUUUAGACAGGUAAAUGCAUCUGAUGUCAUUAUUUUGGAGGGAAUUUUGGUUUUUCAUGAUCCACGUGUCCGCAACUUAAUGAAUCUGAAGAUUUUUGUUGACACAGAUGCUGAUGUGAGGCUUGCUCGUAGAAUAAGGCGUGACACAGUUGAGAGGGGCAGAGAUGUAAACUCUGUUCUUGAGCAGUAUGGAAAGUUUGUCAAGCCUGCUUUUGAUGAUUUUGUUCUGCCAUCAAAGAAAUAUGCUGAUGUGAUCAUACCCCGGGGAGGUGAAAAUCAUGUUGCAAUUGAUUUAAUUGUGCAACAUAUCCGAACAAAGCUUGGUCAGCAUGACCUAUGCAAAGUAUAUCCCAAUAUGUAUGUCAUUCAGUCAACUUUCCAGAUAAGAGGUAUGCAUACACUGAUUCGAGACAAGGAAAUAUCGAAGCAUGACUUUGUCUUUUACUCAGACCGCCUUAUUCGUCUGGUUGUGGAGCAUGGCCUUGGUCAUUUACCGUUUACUGAGAAGCAAGUAAUCACUCCCACAGGAUCCGUAUACACAGGAGUUGACUUUUGCAAGAAAUUGUGUGGAGUAUCCAUUGUUCGAAGUGGGGAAAGCAUGGAGAAUGCAUUACGUGCAUGUUGCAAAGGAAUAAAAAUUGGAAAGAUACUAAUCCACCGUGAUGGAGACAACGGCAAACAGGUGAUGCUUUUUUUACACAGACUCGAUUCUUUGUCUUUCUUGAAGUUGAGUGGAUUGUACAGUUUUCUCCAUAAAUUUAUUUGUCACUUGAAGCAGCUUAUAUAUGAGAAGCUUCCCAAAGAUAUUUCAGAACGGCAUGUCUUGCUUCUGGACCCUGUUCUUGCUACAGGUAACUCAGCUGGCCAAGCAAUUGAACUUCUUUUGCAGAAGGGGGUCCCAGAGUCUCACAUAAUUUUCCUCAAUCUGAUUUCUGCCCCUGAGGGAAUCCACUGUGUUUGCAAACGAUUUCCAUCUUUGAAGAUUGUCACCUCAGAAAUUGAUGUUGCAUUGAAUGAAGAGUUCCGUGUCAUACCUGGAAUGGGAGAGUUUGGCGAUCGCUACUUUGGUACCGAUGACUGAUGAUUGCUAGCAAUAUACUGGUGCAAAGCCUUCUAAGAUGGUCAGUUUAUCAAUUACUUCAACACUAGAUUGGUCUACAUAUUUUAACAAAAUUGUAUAAUACUUUGCAAAGAGAAACUUGAGGCGUCAUCCUAAGUGUUUCAAGUUUGUUUACAACUUUAACCACAAUCAAGAGGCUUCUCGCCGUGCAUAAAUGGGUUAAAUAAUCUAAUAUUCUG